CUGCUUUUCCCUGUAUUAGGCAUCCCUAUAAAGUACACGUGAACGCGUUGGUUUUUGGUAAUACCAUUGAUGGCCAUAUUCCGAAUCCUUUUUAACAGUUUCUUGGCGUAGAAAGGGACAGAAGAUACAUAAGUCAAAGAGGGUACUGUUUUGAAAAUGUCUCCCUGAGACCGUUGAAACCAGUCUUGCAUGCUCUGAAAAGACUGUUGCAGAUGUACCAUUUCAUCACGAAAUGUCGAAAGAGAUGUCUCACAGGGAAUUGCCAAAUCACAUUUAUUAUAAACAAUAAUUCGGUUUCUUUUUUUCAAAAUCGACUCUACAGCAAAGUUUCUAGAAGUUAAAGGAAUGCGAGCGUCCCGAACUUCAAUUAAUAUAUCUACUUCUGAAGACAGAGAUUGUAGUUUUUUUAAAGUCUUAUGCAUAUGGCCUGGAAACCAUGUUGAAGGCGUCUCAUAAGGAAAGAUUUUUCUUGCAACGAACGCCAUAGUGCGAUUCAUCCAACUAAAUAAUACUCGAAAUAAAGUGAAUUUACAAAAAUUUCAUUUUGCACAUAAAACGUUGCUUUAUUAUUCCUUGUAGACAAAGAUACUAAUGUUGGCAGUCCCAACUUGGUAUGUCCUUGUAAAGCUUUUAACAGAGGCAGAACGAACCAACUCCCUUUCACCACCAAAGUUAGAACUGGCCUCUAAAGGAAAGAAUAUCAGUUAUUUUCCUUUUUAAAUUUGAAAAUGAGUGAAUUGGAAGAUAGAGAACAAUCCAAUGUGAUUGUGAAUAAAAAUAAGCGUUAUAGACGUGAGAAACCAUGGGAUACCGAUGAUAUCGAUCAUUGGAAAAUCGAUCCUUUUUCGAAAGAAGAUUACUCUGAACCCUUUUUAGAGGAAUCCAGCUUCGCUACUCUAUUCCCUAAAUAUCGUGAAAAAUACCUUCGAGAAGUCUGGCCUCAUGUAACAAGGGCUUUGGAUAAGUAUGGAAUUGCUUGCGUUCUCGAUUUGGUAGAGGGUAGCAUGACCGUCAAGACUACCAGAAAAACUUUCGAUCCGUACGCUAUUUUGAAUGCUAGGGACUUGAUUAAGUUGCUGGCUCGUAGUGUCCCAUUUCCUCAAGCGAUUAAAAUAAUGCAAGAUGGUGUUGCAUGUGAUAUUAUGAAGAUUGGAAAUGUUGUUCGCAAUAAGGAGCGAUUCGUCAAACGUCGUCAACGUCUAGUAGGUAAUAACGGCCAAACCUUGAAGGCAUUAGAGUUGUUGACACAAUGCUACAUUUUGGUACAAGGUACCACUGUAGCUGCUAUGGGUGGCUAUAGGGGAUUAAAAGAACUUCGGAGAGUGGUUGAGGAUUGCAUGCAUAAUAUUCACCCAAUUUAUCAUAUCAAAGAAUUAAUGAUUAAGCGUGAGUUGGCUAAGGAUCCUACGUUAGCUCAAGAAUCAUGGGACAGGUUUUUACCUCAAUUUAAGAAGAGGAAUGUUGCACGCCGUAAGCCUGCUAAAAUUAAGGAGAAGAAAGACUACACUCCAUUUCCUCCUCCUCAACAGCCUAGCAAGCUUGAUCUUGAAAUUGAGAGUGGUGAGUAUUUCAUGAAGAAGGAAGAAAAAGAACGAAAACUCCGUGCAGAAAAGAAAGAAAAACAAAAAGAGAAGCAAAAGCUCAAAGAAGAAGAAAGACAAAAGGCUUUCGUACCACCUGAAGAACCUGUUAAGAAGAAACGUAAAGCUGAAUGAAGGUGUUAAAAUAUUGGGUUAAAUUCAUUUUGUUUAACGGAUAAUACGGUUUAAUAAAAUUUUGAAGUAUAUUUAAGCACUUACUGGUAACAUUGAAAAGAUCGUUGCUGCUUCUAAUCGUUUUUCUUUCAAGAUUUUUUAUUAUUUAGCAUUUUUGAUCCUCUAAAAUCUGAAUCUGCUAGACUUUUUGCCUUAGAUCCCAAAAAACUUUCUUCAAGAGUAGAACAUAAUUACACUAAAAAGUCUAUUCAAUUUUAAGCAGCUUUUCUCUGAUUUUCUUUCUUUGUGUUUUUUCUUAAAUAAAAUUAAAUUACAAUCAAGAUAAUUAGAACUAUGCAAAGAAAUACAGAUGUUUAGAAGCCGUAUGUACUUAUGAAAGCAAAUAUGCUUUACCAUAUAACUGACUUCUAUAUUUGCUCAGUUGAAGCUGCUUUCCAAAGUGUCUUCCGUCUUGACUCAGGACCAGAAGCACUUUUGACUAACUGGAUGGAUCUAUUACCUUCUCCAAAUGCCAAUACGACACUUUCAUCUCCUCGUCCUUCUAUGCGGAACUGUUUACGGUAUGAAUUGCGCAUCCUAACAAUUUCUGUUGCGAGCUUGUAACGUGCCAUACUGCUUGUUCCAACAGUGAGUUUGUUGCUUUCCAAAAGAUUUUUAAUGACAGGGAAAGGGAGUUUGCAGAGCACGUUAACGUAUUCCUUAUUCCAAUGGUUAACAAGGGUAGUAUACAUAACUUCUAAAGCUUUGUCAAAAAGGCCAGUAGUGUAUCUAGGAUACGUUCCUACUUUAAGCCUCUCAAAGCCCUCUAAUUUAGGGUCCAAAAAGGUGAGGAUAUUCUCCAUUGUGAAUGGAUUAAUUGAAUUCUCAAUGCGAGAUGCAGCCUCAAAGGCCAAUCCGUCAAGACCCAAUAAUGCACUGGUAGCAAGAAUACAACAAGGGUUCAAAUCAGCUGGUAUAAUGACGGCAUCUCGGUAAAGAGAGGAAAGAACAAAAAUUAUGGAUUCUUUUGUAACAUAAUGAUCUUCUAUCUCCAAUUUGAUAUUAUAAGGCAUGCCAGUUGAAGAAACUUCGGUUAUUUUUUGAUAUAGUACAGGGGAACGAGCUAAGAAUAAAGCAUGCAGGCGGUAUACAUUAUCUUGAAUUUGUAUGUUUGUAUCUGAAAAAGCACCUUGUAGGAAACCAUUCGAAAAAACAAAGUCAGAGAUCUAGAAUGCCGUUAGUAUGUAUAUAAAUAAAAAAAAAGAGAAACAGC